ACCGGAUUAGUAGAGAGGGCCUGGGGCAGAUUAUGUGUGUGAUAGAGAGAGCGUAUUAGGGUUCUUUCUUAUUUUAUUAUCUUAACUGCGCUGAACUCUUACCGCAGAGAACGCAGAAAGUCGAAGCGAGGGGGAGCAUAUUCCGUCGGACAUCAAAACACAAAUAAGCCAUACGUUUCGUUGCCGGCUUCCAUCUCUCACACCCUCAUGCUCACUCCCUCCCUCUCUCUCUCUGUCUCUCUGUCUCUGUGUCUCUCUCUCUCUACCUAUCUAUCUAUCUAUCUAUCAAGCAAUCUACCGUUCUGUGUUCUCGCGCUCGCUCUGCCGCCCCCUCCCCCACUCCCCCGUUUCUCUCUCUCUCUCUCUCUCUCUCUCUCUCUCUCUCUCUCUCUCUCUCUCUCUCUCUCUCUCUCUCUACAUUUCUGGCGCGGGUUCCUUGAUUCUGUUUUACACGCUUGCUCUACGGCUGUCAUGGGUUGUUGCGACAUCGUCAAUCGGUCGGGAAGCUUGCAAUGCACGAGUAUCAUGACCGGGGUCGGUUGUGUCCAUCCGUGUCAAUUGUAGAUUUCAGCUUUGCUGUUCCUUUCUCUUUGAUGCUGAACGGCGCCUUUUUUCGUUGCUGGUCUGCCUUCGUCCUCGCCCAUUAUACAUUCUUUUCUUUCGGGAGUGGAGUGUCGGUGUGGACUGUAUCCUGUAUCUAUCGUCAUUGACUGAACUUACGACUGGUUGAUCGACGAAGAAAUAGUUUGGAUCAAUAAGCAUAUUUGUAGGAAGACAACCAGACAGGCAAAUAGGUUGGUAGAUAGGCAGAUAUAUAUCUACCUUGGUGGUAGGUAGUGGAUACUUAUCUUCAUGCCAAAAAAGAUAGAUAUAUAGACAGUGUAGAUAGAUAGAUAGAUAGAUAGAUAGAUAGAUAGAUACAUGUAUAUAUAGACGGAUGGACAGUGUGGAUAGAUUGGCAGGUGGAGUGUCGAUUUCUUGUGCGGGAAACUAGUAUGCAACCAGCUCGAGGAUCAACGUAGCAUUCCAUUCUGCUGCGAGCAGUGGUGUUGUUCGUCGACGUUGGAGCAGGUUUCUGUCAGUGAGGUUGUUCAUUAGAUUGAGUGGACAGGAAAACCGACAUGGUUGGCGGUCGUCCUCUGCAGCGAUCGCGGUCGCUGCGGGCAUUCUCGCUGACGGAGGCGCUGUCUGAGAGACAGCGGAUGGAUCGGUCGCUCACGCUUCCGCCGAACUCGGCGACCCGUUCGUCGUCGCACAUGGCUGGGCGUGCGCGGCACAAGCAUAGCGCAGAGAAUGCUCCACCGGAGACCCCCCCCAACGUGCGGGCGAACAUGGUGAACACACAGAUCCAUGAUGCGCCCAACUCCGCCCCAUGCAAGUCGCACUCCGUGUCGGCACGUGGAGCGAAUGGCCCGCCUGUCCAGCUAAACAAUAAUCAUCAGAAUUCGGCUUAUCACCACCACACGAGUGCCUUCAAUUCUUCGGAGCACGUGACGCAUAAGGUGCCUUACAGCGCGCCUCCGGCGCAUUGCCGGGGAACGGCGAGCACUGCGGUGCCGUCUAGUGCGCCGUCGGAGCACGUGAGGAGAAAGCUAGAGUGGGGAGAGGGAACUCCCGCAAAAGGUAGUUGUGACACACUGGCGAUGGAGGAUGAUACAAGCUCUGGACUCGCGGCUGAAGAUUCUGGAGUCAAGGUAAUUUUGCGAGUGAGGCCGAUGAACAAGCGGGAGCUUCUAGGCGGGGCUGAACGGGUUGUUCUUCAGGAAAGCAAGUGCUCCUUAUCAGUUAAUAAUGAGCAACUGUACACUUUCGAUUACAUCCUUGGUGAAGACUCCACUCAGACGCAGGUUUUCCAAGGAGUCGGAAAGGCGAUUGUGAACACUUGCUUGACGGGGCUCAACAGCAGCAUCUUCGCCUAUGGACAGACUGGUAGUGGGAAGACGUACACAAUGAUGGGGAAGACAACGCCUGAUGCAGACACGGGAUUGCCCAGCGAGCAUCGCGGGCUGACUCCAAGAGUCUUCGAGCACAUGUUCUCACGAAUUCGAGAAGAAGAGGUCCGAAAUAGUGACAAACAACUCAAGUACACUUGCAAAUGCUCGUUUCUUGAGAUUUAUAACGAGCAAAUCACGGAUCUGCUGGAGCCAUCAAUGCGGAAUUUGCAGAUCCGUGAAGAUAUUCGGACGGGUGUUUAUGUGGAGAAUCUCUCCGAAGAGCCUGUCAGUUGCGUGGAUGAUGUCACACGUCUCAUUCUGAAGGGCACGGCAAACCGGAAGGUCGCUUCAACUGCUAUGAACAGCGAAAGUAGCCGCUCGCACAGCGUCUUCACGUGCGUUAUUCAAAGUCAAAGCAAGUCUAUCACCGAGGGCAUCAACAGCACGCGCUUUUCCAGAUUGAAUCUGGUCGAUCUCGCCGGGUCUGAAAGGCAAAAGCUUACUGGUGCUUCAGGCGAUCGACUGAAGGAGGCUGCGAAUAUUAACCGAUCGCUCACCCAACUAGGGAUUGUCAUCAAGCUCCUCGCCGAGUCUGCACAGAGUGGAAAGCAGAGGCACAUUCCUUACCGCGACUCUCGCUUAACGUUCCUACUUCAGGAAUCGUUGGGUGGAAAUGCCAAGAUGGUGAUGAUCUGUGCGCUCAGCCCAUCUAACCAGUGUAUCCAUGAAACGAUAAGCACAAUAAAGUUCGCUCAACGCGUGAAAUUCGUGCAGAACAAGGCUGUCGUCAACGAGGAGAUGAGCAGCGAUGUGAACGUUUUGAGAGAACAGAUUCGUCGGCUGAAGGAGGAACUGACUCGAAUUCGACACAACUCUCAGCUGAACGGUCUGGAUCUGGCCAACAUGAUCACUCUUCCGCCAGGUGUCAGUGUGGGUGCUGUGGGGUUGAUACGUGGAGGUGCGGCGCCUGCGCUGGAGUCGACGAAGGACAGUGCUCCUGUAAGAGGCUCGACGGAAGCUGAGACUGAAGUAGCAGACAAGGACGACGGUCACCAUCCCCCGACGAACCAUGGGGAGGAAACCCCGGAGGAUAUGUCUGACGAUGACAUGGAGAACAUCUGGAGGAAAGAAGGGCACAGGGGCUACGAUUCUGACACUGCAGCAGAGAGCAAUUGCAGUCUUCACUACCGGUUCGUGAACGAGUACGCCUCGUGGGCCGAAUCUCGAAGGUUGUCGAUCAAGCCACGUGGCAGCGUGGACGCGAGCUCCUGGGCGGCGACCGUGGCAGAGUCGUCGAAAUCUGGGCCUAAGCAGCAGGACGCUGACGACAAAAGCCUGGAGGUUAUUGCUGAGAUACGAAGAAGGGAGGGAGCUGUUGACAGGAGUGAGGAUGGCGGCGAUGGCGCCGGUGAAGAUCUGGCAGCGGACUGUACUCCAGGGUCGCUCUCGCCCCAUUCUGACUUGUCGAGGGAAUCGUCCGAAUCUGCAUCGGGCAGCGGCCAUCAUCGUACUGGCUCCUCUGUGUCGGAAGCGACCACUUCGUAUCAAGAUACGCUUUCAGACUCGAGUUUAGACGCCGGUGAACCUAGCCCGAACUCCAUCCUAUCGCCUGCGAGAGGGCCGUUGACGGCAAGACAGAGGAAGAAGGCGGUUGCUGAGUUCUUGGCAUCGUCGAGGGGUCGGCAUAACGGAGGAGACGAACUUGCGGGUAGCGAAGACGUGAUGAGAGCGGAAAGGAGAGCCUCGGUGGGAUCUGGAUCUGCGGAGCCGCGGUAUGGUGGAGGUGAAGGAGAACCGGAGGAAUACUGGGAGUGGGCGGAAGGGGAGUGUUUGGUUUCGCGAGUGGUCCCUCCAGAACUGGAAGAGACGGAUGCAGCGGACGCUGUGGACGCUCGCCAGUUGAGGAAGAGGUAUGCUCCCGAUCCAGAUCGGCGGCUGAGCGGCCGGGCUGACAUUGAUUGCUCCCCGUGCACACGUUAUGGCUCAAUCGCCGCCGCCGCCGACGCGUGUCCGUCGUCUUCGAACGGAGGUGCCACGCUUCGGAGGCCUGCUGGUCGUUGGAGUUGUGGCGGUAUGGAACACGAGUCGCUGGACGGCCAGGAUCGGACAGAUGUGCGUCGGUUGGCGGCUGAAAAUCGAAACAGGGAGCUAGUUCCUUGUCCCGAGGAGAGGCAACUCGUAGUCGCCGGCGAUGACUGUGGAGGUGUGGACAUGGCCGACCCACCCGCGUACGUUCUCUCGAGAGAUAUCGCGAGGGCGAUCGAUCCUCUGCGCAGGAGCAGCGCCUCUUGGGACAAGACAGAAAGGCGGUUGUCUAAAGGCAACGGCGGGGCGGAGGGCAUGUUCUUGGGAGUGGAAGGUGAGAGGUUCCGCAAGAUGUGGAGAAGCACGACGGCUCUCGAACACGUCAAAGGGGGUUCGGGCGCUCUCCAGCUGGUCGCCUACCCGGAAGAUGGCGACGGAAUGAUCAGCCAAGCUGAGAGCCGCGACCACACCAUGCAGGCUAUCAUUGCAGGCGCUCUGCGACGGGAGCGUGCCGCUGAAGACGUGGUGCAGCAGAUGGCAGGCGAGAUCGAACAACUCAACCGCUUGGUACGUCAGUACAAGCACGAGAGAGAGUGUAAUCAGGUGCUGAUGCAAGCGCGGGAAGAUAAAAUUCGACGGCUGGAAGAAGUUUGCGAGGGCGUGAUCUCCCCUGACACAUUUGCUGGCCAGGAAUUUUCUGCCUUAGUGUACGAACAGAAAAUUCUGCAGGAGAAGGUAGAUCAUAAUCCAGAGAUAACUAGGUCUGGCAUCGAGCAGCAGCGUUUGAUCGAAGAACUUCGACAAUACAGGGAGUUUUAUGACAAUGGGGAAAGAGACCGCCUGCUUGAGGAAAUGCGUCAUCUCCGAGCACAAGUGCUUUGUCUAAUGGAGGAGAAGGGAGGGAAAGGGGGACCCUCAGGAAGGUCGACAGUCAGAAGCAGGGCAGGGGCAGGAGGGAGCAUGAUGUCGGUGUCAGAGCAGAGUUCCGGAUCUGUGCAUCGUUCACAGAUCCAACGUCGGAGGUCAAUAGCUGGAGGGCAGGAUUUGGUGGUUGCACGUGCCUUUGGCGAAGAUCAAGAAGCGGAAGAGUCCACAGAGCCGAGUGAGAGCAGUAGGGUAAGACAAGAGCUGGAGAGGAGGUUCGCGGAUGUGGAAGCAGAACUAGAGGAAACGAGGAUGCGAAGUGAUGAGCUCCAGAAUGAGCUCGAGUUCUGUCGACAGGAGUUGGAGCUUGAAAGGGAGAGGUCGGAAGAAGCGCAGGAGCGGUUUGAUGGACUAAUGGAGGGCCAUGCGCGUCUGAUAAACUCGUUCUCUGAGCUGCAGGAAGACAAUCUCAAGCUUGUUGAAAAGCAGCGAGCCAUGAAGCGUGGUGUCGAAGAUCUGAAGAAGAAGGCUUCACUGAUGGGUCCUCACUCCGCAGAGGCACGAUGGCUUGAUCGGUAUGCAGCGGAACUGGCUGCCGUGCACAUUGAAGGAAACUCUGCAAAGACGGAGGUUGAGUCACUCCGUGCGCAGCUGCAAGAAACAGCUGAGGCCGUUCAAGCUGCUGGAGAGCUUCUAUCCCGUUUGAAGGAGGCGGAGGAUCAGAUCCUGGCAGUUCAAGAUGAAGCGGCCAUAGCUGAACAACAUGCCGAAGAACUUCGACGGGAGAUGGAGAAGAUGACAAGGAGGCACGCCACGGAGAUGGCCGUAAUGGAACAGAGGUUGCGGGAAUCGAGAUUCCGGAAGGCAGGGAUUUGUCAGAUGUGCCAGAUGGCAGAGAGGGUAACGUACUCUUUCCCUGAGGCUGACACAGAGGCUAUGGAAGCGGCUGGCUCAGCGGAGGAUCAGGAGAACCGAGCCGUGUAUGGUUGCUAUGCCCACCGUUGAUGGGUCUUUUUCUUGUAUGCCUGGUGCAAAUAACGACAAAGGCAGGAGAGGGGGGGAGGGGGGGGCGCCUCAUGCGGAGGAUCAGGAGCAGAACGGAGAGCGACGGGGAACAGGAAGGGUCAAAUGAAUAGAGAGGUUGCCUCAUGAAUGGCCUGAAUGGAGAAGAGAAACCCAGGAGAGGAGACAGUUUGGCCCAGGUGAAAUGGAGGGGAUGGUCCGGUGGGGCUUUCGUCCCUGUUGUAUGCACUGCUGAAAGAAGAAACGUACUGCUGCCAGCUUGUUUGAUUCACGGUUAUGUUGUUUCUCCUUCCCACGCAUUGGCUUGUAUGAGAGAGACUCUCCAUGUUCUCCGAAUGCGGGCACACAUUCGUGUGUAUGUGAGAGAGAGAGAAAGACUCAGUGUAAGACACAGGUCUGAGGCCGUAGUUGGAAGGGAAGCAGCGUGGCGGACUUCAUUCAUGCAAUGAAGGUAACUCGAUUUGUCACAGAGACGUCAGCCAUUGUUUGAGGAAUUCUGGUUCUCGACUGCUUUCCUCGGCCAUCAUAAAAAGGGCUGUCAUCUUUGUGCGGGCUUCUGGAUUGGUUAGAGGGGAGGAUGGGACACCUUUGUAGGGACGACAGUUGUCUUCUGAAGGUUCCUUUGAAUGAAAUCAUCAUCCAUUC